AUGAUGGCUUGGCUCCAGAUGUGGACUAUGGCCAUUACGGCCUUGUCCGUCUCUCUAGCUGUUUCCGAUUCUCACUUUCCUCUGGUGGAAGCAGAGCGGCUAGGCGAAGUUGAGAUUGUGAAGAAGGAGACGCAUCCUGUCCUUUUCAGGCAGAAAAGAGAUUGGAUCUGGAACUCUCUGUACGUGGAAGAGGAGAAACCUGCACCCACUCCCUAUAAGAUCGGACAGCUAAAGUCGAGCCAGAGAGUGGAUGUGAAGAGCUUUAAAAUCGAGGGUGAAGGAGCGAACACCAUCUUCCACGUGGAUAACAAGGGAGACCUGUUUGUCUCCAGGUCUCUGGACAGAGAGGAGAAGAACGCAUAUCAUCUGACCGCCACGAUGUACGACGGGAACAAUCAGCUGAUAGAGGAUUCUGGAGAAUUUGUUGUUCAAGUGACCGACAUCAACGACAACACACCAGUUUUCCCCAAAACAUAUAAUGGAUCCAUUAUGGAGAGGUCUACGAUAGGAACCAAAGUAAUUGAGGUGAGGGCCACCGAUGCUGACGACCCCACUACCGCUAAUGGAGAACUCAAGUACUCUUUGAUCCAAGACAGAGCCAUUUCUCCCUUCGAAAUCCACAGCACUACAGGUGUGAUCAGCUGCAAGACAAACACGCUGGACCGGGAGACCCAGAGUCGGUUUGUGUUGGUGGUUAAAGCUCAGGAUAUGAGAGGAAUGGCCUCCGGCAGCACAUCCACCACCUCCGUCACCAUCUCCAUCACCGACGCCAACGACAACUACGCCUCGUUCACCCGAAGGAUUUAUGAACUGCAGGUUCCAGAGGACCACAAGUUGAACGAGAAGAUCGGCACUCUGGAGCUGGAGGAUCGAGACGAGGUUCAGAACAAAGAGCCCAUCUUCACUAUUCUCAAUGAAAACAGCAAAAUGUUCAACAUCGAACUCAGCCCCAACAAGGACGGAAACCUCAUGCUCAAACAGGCUUUGGACUACGAGACAAAAAGCAUCUACACCUUCACUGUCCAGGUGCGAGAAAACCUGCGUUUCCCCGCCGACAACAAGAACAGUGCAGUCACCACAGCUCAGGUGAACAUCAAGGUGUUGGAUGUAGACGAGGCUCCACUCUUCUCACAGCCCAUCUACACUUUCAAUGUGAUGGAGGAACGUAUGGUGAACAACAUCGGAUCAGUAAAAGCCCGAGACCCUGACAGAGCUAAUAAGACCAUUCGGUAUUCCAUCUUGGAUAAGGACUGCCCCAUCGGAAUUCACCCGUUCACAGGUCAGCUCUCCACCCAGAGGACGCUGGACCGAGAGCUGGAGGCCACACACAUGUUUCAAGUUAAAGCUCAGGAGGAGCCAAGUGGUUUGGAGUCGUUUGUGAAAGUCAACAUUAUAGUUCAGGACGUCAACGACAACAAGCCUGAACUGAAUGUGGAUGAGAUCUUCGUAUGUGAGAACGACCGCACCAAUACGGUGAUAGGCACCUUGAGAGCGACAGAUAAAGACGACCAGCCCGCCUCCUUCACUUUCAGCCUGGCCAGCGACAACUCCAACUUCUCCAUCAGAGACUAUGGCAACAGCACAGCAGACAUCAUGGUGAAAGAGGGGCCGUUCAACCUGGACGACCCCAAGGAUUACAGCCUGGAUGUGAGGAUCAGUGACGGAGGAAGCCCCCUGCAGAUCAGCAUCACCAAACUGGCAAUAAAGUCGUGUCGCUGUGACGCCAGGAGGAUCCCUACGCAGUGCAAAGCCGGUGCUCGCAGGAUGGGAGUCAGUGUUCAUGCCCUGAUAGCCAUUCUGCUCUGCAUACUCACCAUACUGGUCAUAGUGAUCCUGUUUGUGAUGAGGAAGCGUUACCAGAAGGACUCUCUGGCCAGUAUGAAGAACAGCGGGGAGAUUCACGAGCAGCUCGUCACGUACGAUGAAGAGGGAGGAGGAGAGAUGGACACUAAUGGCUACGAUGUCUCGAUCCUCUCUUCCGCCUGUCACGAUGGUUCCCUGCUCCGCCACCCGGACCACCAGCACCCCUCCCUCUACGCCAUGGUGCAGAAGGCCCCCCCCCACCACCACCUCGCUCCACCCACAGCGUGUAAGGGCGACAUGGCGGUGAUGAUCGAGGUGAAGAAAGACGAGGCGGAUCACGACAGGGACGGCUUUCCGUACGACACGCUGCACGUCUACGGAUACGAGGGUCCCGAGUCUUUAGCCGAAAGCCUGAGCUCUUUGGGAACUUCCUCCACCGGAUCCAACCUGGAUUACGACUUCCUGAACGACUGGGGUCCGAGGUUCAGGACCCUCGCCGAGCUGUACGGCGUGGACGGACCUGAAUACUACCAUCAAUACUAGAUAGAGACCUUCUAGUGGAUCAGAAUAUGCCAAAAUGCACACACGAAACGCAUCAAAAAACAGCCAUAAAUGCACACAGAGUGGUGCAGGGAUGACAUAUUUUUUACAUAAGUUAACAUCGCAAGGGAGCUCCAUCUACUAAGAGCAAUCAGAUUUUUUUAUUCGAUUUGGAAAUAUAAACCCAUUCACGUUGUGUUCAGCAGGAUAUCGCCACAUUUUGACACCACUUUUAAGAUUUUUAAAGCGUAAAUGCAAUCUCCAGAGGUAAAAAGCUAACAAGAAGCUAACAAAAAGCUAACGUACGCUAGCUACAGCACGGUCAAAUUACUUCACGUCAACACUAACUAAACGCUAAGCUAAAGGUGGCUAAUAUUCAGUUUAGUAGUCUUAUUUAGACCUAAUUUCUGGCUUCUAACCAAAAACCAGUAAAACAAAACCAUUGACUUCGAGAUGAGGGAACAGGAAGUGGUAAAAUGCUGACUCAUUCCCUGGUUUAAGGACUCAUUCCUGCACCACUCUAUAGCCAAAAGCAUGCAAGGAACACACACUCACACACGAAUAGAAGCAGGCUUUGACGCUGUCCGAGAGCUUCAAUCUCUUUUUGUUUUUGGAGAUCUCUUUCUUCUUCUUCUUCUUUUUUGAGUUUGACAUUUGCCUCCUCCUUCAAAGAGAUCACACGCCAUGAGAGAAAGUGAGAAGUAACUGCUUCACACGUGUGCAGGAGGAUUGAUUGAUGGUGACAGCGUGAGAUUUACACCCUGAGGAGGAUGAUGUUUUUUUUAUUCCGUCACGGUGUUGUGAAGUUUCUACACCAUAACCCUUUUAUUUCACCUGAGAAGACCUGCGAGUCCAUUCGGAUGAAGCUCCACAGCGAGUUAACGUUGGAUAAUUGACGGGUUAAUCAGGUCACUGCUGGCCGGAGAUUUAUUUCUCAGUUAUACCAAUUAUUUUUUGUCAUUUCGCAUUUAAUUAAUGUCUUAGUUCCUUUGUGCAUAACCAUUUUGCAUUCCAUUUUUGACUGGAUUGCAGGUUAAUGUUUGGGUCUGUUUUUAAAUUAGUUCCUUCUAUGCACCUUUAUCUAUCUACAUAUACCAAUGAUGCAUAUUUCUAUCUACAUUUGGAGAACUUAAAAUGGACACAUGACUUAUUUUUACCAAAAAACUCUACAUUAAAACCACGCAGUCUUCAAUUAACCCUCCUGUUGUGUUCGGGUCAAAUCUGACCGAUUUACUACUUUCAUCAAUCAUAACUUUUUUGUUUUACAUUCGAUUGCAUUAA